CAAAUUUGUGAUAGCUUUCAAAAUAAUAAAAAAUAAUAGUAGAAAACAAAGCAGGUGAUCGGAGUAUUUUUUGUUGCAAGAUACAAUUGACAUUUGCACAGAAUUGAAGUGCAUCAAUCGUCAAUCUUUUUGAUCAUGACAAGUGUGUUUACGAAUGCUAAAAAGCCUGCACUGUGUCGAUACUUUGUGAGCAAGGGUUCGUGUUCGUUUGGUGAAGAGUGUCAAUAUUUACAUCAAUCGCCAGUCGGAUUUGCUGCUCACAAUUUUUCAAAUCAGUUUCCAAAUGGCAGUUUGUCAAAGACUAGUCCAAUAAACUUGUUGGAAAGUUUAGGAAUGCCAGUUCAAGAAGGGACUACUACCAAUGGAGAUCCAUUUUUCAACACCACAUUUUCUGGAGCAGAAACAUCAGCCACAUCUCAGUCUGAAUUUCAGCCAUUUUCACGCCCUGGACCUAUCUCACGACAGCCACGAGGCAGUGUAGUGAUGUCUGGCAAUGGAGUGCUGACCUCCAAUAGUCCAAUGUCAAACAGCAGCAUGAGUCAGCCCCCGCCACUCUCCAGCCCCUAUAGUGUCAGCUCCAUGACCCCCAACAAGGUCCCUAUCUCCCAUAGCACACCCCUGUCACAGCACCAGACGAGCCACCCGCCCCCACAGAAUGGCCCUGUCUCCAGCAUGAUGAACGGACAGCUGGCCCCCAACAUGAAACACUACCUGAAUAACAGCUAUGACAGCAAUCUCACAAAUGACUUUUCAGCAUUGAAUCUCUCAGUUCCUAACUCUUCAAAGGGAGGCAACCCAAUGGGGUCAGAGUUCAUCCCCAAGAUGCCUGGUGGACUAUCACACAGCACAAGCUCUCCUAACUUCUCCAACUUCAACGCUGCAGCCCCUCCCCCACUGGGCACCCUGCCUGUCAACACCACUGCCAGCGCACACCUUGCUGGUCUGAACAUCACUGCCAGUUCAAGCCCCAAUCACAGCCCUCGCCUGUCUCCCACCAAUUCCCCCCUGAUGAUGCGCCGCACAGGCUCCCCAGUGGCCCCCCUGCGCACCAAGCUACCCCCGGGCAGCACCAUACAGGAGAAUGUGGGCGGGACCACCUACUUCUACAACGCUGAGGACUUCACACCGCAGAGAGAGGGCAUUCAGCUGCCCAACUUCACGAUGUACCAGGGCCCACCCCCACAUGUGUCCCACAUGAAGGUCAAGUCCAACAUGCCUGGCUUCUUCAUGCCAGAUGAACUCAAAAUGGAGGUCCUCAACAGGAGCGCAAUCACCAUGGCUCAGAUAGACCUUGCACAGAACAUAGACAUCCCGCCAGAGGUGGACACCUACAGGAACCUGUUUCCCCUGGAGGCCACCCCAGACAACCCCCAUCACAAGUCCAAAACAUUUGGCUACCCCACCACCUGCUACAAGGCUCUCAACACCAAAGAUGGGCAGACAUAUUGCCUAAGACGAAUUCAUGGGUUCCGGCUGGUUCACACCAAGUGUAUGACCAUCGUGGACAUGUGGAAGAAGAUGUACCACCCCAACAUAGUGCAGCUGAGGGAGGUCUUUACCACCAAGGCUUUCAGUGACCAUUCAAUUGUGUUUGUGUAUGACUACUACCCCAUGGCUGAAACCUUGCUGUCCAAGCAUCAGCAAAUGAAUGGUGUUCACAACCCCUUCAACAUGGACCCCUCCGUCAGGCCCUUCAGCUCUAAAGGAAAAGGCUCGUCGGCUCCCAGGCAGCAUGCAGGUCUCCUGCCUGAGAGUCUGAUCUGGUCGUACGUGGUACAGCUGUCCUCGGCUCUGCGAGCCAUACACGCUGCAGGACUCUCGUGUAGGACACUGGACCCUUCAAAGAUUCUCAUAUACGGCAAGUCCAGAUUGCGCCUGAACUGCUGUGGGAUCUUUGAUGUGUUGACAUUUGACAAUAACCAGAGCAACCCCAUGGCCCUUACUCCACACUAUCAGCAGGAAGAUCUGAUCUCUCUAGGCAAGGUGGUUCUCGCCCUGGCAUGUAACAGUGUAAUGGCAAUACAGAGGGACAACAUGCAGGCCUCCAUGGAACUCGUGGCCAGGAACUACUCCGCUGAUCUCAAAAAUCUCAUACUAUACUUGUUGGGUAACCAGAAUCGUCCCCGCAGCAUCAAUGACAUCAUGCCCAUGAUUGGUGCACGCUUCUACACGCAGCUUGAUUCAGCACAACUGCGCAGUGAUGUCCUUGAAACUGAACUAGCCAAGGAGGUGGAGAAUGGGCGCCUGUUCCGACUUCUGUGUAAGAUGGGAACUAUCAACGAGAGACCUGAGUUCUUCCUGGACCCCCAAUGGUCAGACACAGGGGACCGGUACAUGUUGAAGCUGUUCAGAGACUACGUGUUCCACCAGGUGGAUGAGAACGGAGCACCCUGGGUGGACAUGUCCCACAUCGUGAUGUGCCUCAACAAGCUUGAUGCGGGCUCCCCAGAGAAGAUCAGCCUCGUGUCGAGGGAUGAGCAGAACAUCCUGGUGGUCUCAUACUCGGAGCUCAAGCAGUGCUUUGAGAACGCAUUCCGGGAUGUGCUGAAUCCCAGUAGCCAGGGGGGGCUGUAGAUGUCCUCCAGGGUUUCUAGAGGCCAGGAUUUAAAUAGGGCUAAUUGCAUGUGUGUAAAGUGUCCUCCCAGAUUAGCCUGUGCAGUCCGCACAGGCUAAUCAGGGACGACACUUUCCAUGCAGGCUGGAUUUGUGUGGCCUGAAGAUAUCACAAGCGUGGAUGGGCUCAAUCAUGAGUCAUCAUGGUGCAGAGAGUGGAAUAUACCGUGUUAUACUUAGUGUUAUAUAACGUGUUCAUGAGCUGCUAUGCCUUCUGGCAUGCCUUUACAAACUAAGAAGAUUUAACUCGGCAUAGAUCAGCUGAGUUGUUUAUUUUCAAUAAUUCAUUUGUUAUUUUUAUGACUUGUAUGGAUAAUUAUCAUUUGUGUUGGAAAAACUUCAAUUGUGCGUUCGUUUUAAUGGUUUGAACGUUUUUUAUUGUGCUGUGUUUGAUUCAAUGAAUCAGGAUUUUUAUUGAAGAUAACUAUCACACUGCAGCAAGGAGAAUUCAGAGGAAUUUGUUAUUGAUGACAGUUAUUCAUACAAAUUGAAAUUGGCAUUUGAAGUGUUCUCUGUGCUGUAAUCAUAAAUUAAAUGAGACUUCAGGUAGGAAACAUACCAAAGUGAAAUCACAUUUUUUGACAUAUUGGUUGUGAUUAAUUCUCAACUUUAACUCAGUACUUCAAACUUGAACCCAUUAUCUGAAGUGUAAUUAUCUGGACUAUGGGGUAAUCGACCAGUAAGAUGAAGGGGUAGAGUCUGCAUGAGUCACUGGCUAUGUGGGGAAUGUUAAAGCAGGGUUAAUUUGUGCCUGGUUAUGCUGCAAUUUUUGAAGCAGGGUUGAUUGCUGCCUGGUUAUGAGGCGAGAGUUGGUUGAGGGUUGAUAGUUGCUACUGGCCUACACAGCCACUGCCGCAGCUUUUCCAUGUUUUUGUGCUCAAAUGAAGGAGGUAUCUGACUUUGUUUAAUUGUUGAAUAUUGUUUUGUUACUUUUAUGUUUCAUAAUACGUUUUUUUUAAUUGUACAUGAAAAAGUUAAUUUAUUUUUUCUUUGAAAUUAAUGAUAUGUUUGUGUACAUAUUGGUGCCCUUGUUAAAUUUACUGAAACAUAUUACAUUUGCAUUCAUUAUUUACACAAAUUCAAUCACACAUAACUAUUAUAGAAGCGAAAUUAUUCUUUGAUAUUUGAAACCAAUGGGUAUUUUACAUAAGAAAGUAGGCACAUGAAAUUGAACACAUUUUUACGCAUAUAAAUUGAGCUGCUUUCUGUGACAAAAAUGGGCAUUAUGCAUGUUCGUAAAGUGUUAUUACAGAUAAGCCUGUGCAGCACAAGGUACUUAGUAAUCUGGGAUGACACUUUACGCCUAAACAGGAAUUUUGCUUAGAAGAGUUUUCUUUCAAACACAAAAUACCAUAAAUGCAGAAAGGGUCUGAACUGCUCAGGCUAAUAUGGGACAAUAAAGCCCAUGCAUUGAGCCCAAUUUUCACAGAAUGUAGCUCAACAUUGAGUUAUUUCACAUGCUGACUGUUCUUCAUGCAAGUGCAAUAGUUGUGUUUUCUACACCACACUGGCUCCAUGUCAAUCUGAAAGCAGGCUUGUUGGUUUUGCUUUCUGACUUAAAAUAUUGCUACAAAAACGUUAUACAUGAGCAUAAUUAACCAUAUGCCAAGUGUCUCCAUCAUUUUAGUGCAAGCGGUAUUCCAGUCAUUCUGAAUGCCUUCUGUGAGUUGCAGGAACAAUUGUGAUCUCCAACACUCUUGUAGGUUGUUUUUUCAAAGUAGUGUUUUAUGCUGAUAGAGUUUAUGUUGUCUGGCCGAAGAACUUACAAAGUUUAAGAUCACAAAGUCAAAUUGAGAAGGACUCGUUCACAAAAUUUCAAAAUGACUAUUCAAUAAAAAAGUGAAAGGUCAAAAUUAUAUUUGAACAAAAAAAUAACAAUCUUGUCCCACCACAAAAGAGUUUUGUUCUGAUAAAAUGGAGCUUUAUGCAUUUGUGCAAAGUGUCCUCCAAUAUAAGCCUGCAGAGACUUAUUAGGAAGGUCACUUACUGCCUACACAGAAUUUUUGUUUAGACUUCCUUUAAACGAAAGAUACUAUAAAGUGGAAAGUUUUGUCCCUGAUUAGCCUAUGCGAACUGCACAGGCUAAUCUUGGAUGACACGUUGGGCACAUGAGGCUCAUAUUAAGAUUAAAAAUUACCUCUGAAUGUUUGUUCUUGUAAAGCCAGAUGUAUACUCUCAACAAAACCUUGUUUGUGUAAUCAUGUGUCAAAAUAUGAUUCCUAAAGAACCUGUGUAAGUUUGGUAUCUGUUUAAAUGUACCAGUAAUAAAGUUGUUGAUAAUGUUUAUAUACGCAUGUAAGCUGUUACGUCUUGCAGACUGGGAUCUUUGCAGACUGGGAUCUAUUUGUAUCACAUAACAGUCAACAUUUUUCAACUGUUAUUUAUGUUAUGAUAUUGUUUGUUAAAAUUAAUAUUACAUGUAUACUAUUGUGGUAAGACAUAUGAUGUUUUAAUAAUGAAAUUAUUUUCAUUUUGUAUGAUUGUCUUUUUUGUUGGUGUUCACUAUGUCAUCUCUGAUUGUUGUACUUGUUUCUCAGUACCUCAGGAUGGCCCUGUUUUGUUAUGUCAGCAUAAUGUUGAUACAGCCAAGUGUGGCACCUGCCCAUUUGACACUUUUCCUAUAGUUACCCGUCUUUUCAUAGUAAUUACCCGGUAUUUCUUUUACAUUUUUUGUAACCAUUUUUCGCUCAAAUGAGAACGAAGUGCUAAUGGUGAGCUUUUGUGAUUGCCUUUUGUCUGUCGUGUGUCAUCUGUCAUCAACAUUUGUCUUGUUAAGACUUAAAAAGCCACAGUUAUUGUCAAAUCGUCAUAAAACUUGGUCAGAAGAUUUUUCCCAAUGCUGUCUCGGCUCAGUUGGAAACUGGAUCACACAAGAUAAAAAAACUAGGUCAUUGGGUCAAAUUUAAAAGGAAGCUUCUUGACACUCUACAAGGCACAUUUUGUGUCUAAUAAAAUGUCGUGAACUGAGUUCAAAAAUGGUUCUCGUUCAUUAAAAAACAUGACCACCAGGAUGUGGGGCAUUGUGCCUGAUAGGUCUAUAUUGAAACCUUGUUAACGUUAGAAAUCUAAGUUUUGGUCCAAUCAUGAUGAAACUUGCUGAGAACAUUUAUUAUUAGUUUUCAUAAUGAAACUCUAUAACAAAAUUUGUGCUUAUGAUGCGUUAGCUAAGUUCAAAAAUGGUUUCUAGAUUGUUUAAAACCAUGGCUGCGAGGGUGGCAGUUUUCCUCAUAUUACCAUGGUGAAACAUUAGUAAUACUCUAGAAGUCAAAUUUGUGUUCUAAUCUUUAUGAAACUUGGUCAGAAUAUGUGUUUAAAUGAUAUCUUGGAUUAUGUAACAAAUGGUUCUGGUUUGUUAAUAAUAUGGCCACCAAUGGGUGAGGCAGUUUUCUUAAUAUUGCUGUAGUGUACCUAAACACUAGAACAUUUUUAGCCCGAUCAUCAUGAAAAGUUUUUAAACAUUACUGCCAGAGUGUGGGAAAAGGAGGCAGUUUUUCUUGUAUGACGUUAUUGAAACAUUGUGAGCAAGCAAUACGUAGCAGUUUUACCCAAUCAUGCAAUUAGCUUGGAAUGUUCUUUUUAUUUUAUCAAAGAAUUGUCUGUAUAGACGAAACAUUUUCUGAUAAAGUACCUGGGUGCCAUGUUGCAGUUUUCAUGGUAUUACAUGAUAAUGUGUACCAGACUUUGGUUUUAUGAUUUCAAAAUGGUCAACCAAACAAAAACCUUGUGCCUCUGUUUCGUAAGGUGUACAUGUAUUAAGAAAAGCUUGGUCAGAAGUCAACUCAUUACACAAGUAUAAAAAAUGCAGAUCAAAUCAAUACAUUUCCUUUGGGUUUCAGGUGAGUGCAUUACGGUAUUUGGCCCGCUUGAUCAUAUUCUAAAACAAUCCAUGUGAAUGUCUACAAAAAACUUGCAACUUCCAAAUUAUUUUUCGGUUGCACUGAAGUAUAACAAGGGCAGAGUGCUACAUUUGGUGUCACAUGUUAGUAUUGCGCAAUAUUUUUAAUGAACAUGUCAAAUGUUGCUCUUCGGUACAUUGAACGUUAUUAAGUUAUGUCAUGUGCCUAGUAAGGGAAGGCAUGUUUUUUAUCAUUAAUGUGCGUUCGAUUACAUGUCAAUUAUGUAGGUGGCAUUUGUACCGAAAAGCAACGGCUGGCAUUUUGUAUAUUGACAUUAUUUUUAUGAUGAUAAAUGUACAAAAAAUCCUUGAAUAAAAAGAAAUAAAAUAUCCGAAAAUUA